UAAUGAUGAUGAAAAAAUAGAGGAUGAUAAUUUGUUUAAAAUUAACAAAAUAAGUAAUAUAGAAAAUGAUUGUAAGAGUGAAGUUUUAAGUAAUAAUAAUAUGUUUGGCAGAACUAGAAGAAUUGAAAUUAUUGCAAAGGAGAUUUUUUCAGGUCUUUUUCCAAAAGAAUUUUUAUGUAAGAAGUUGGACUGUUUACAAAAAUAUCAACUGAAUUGCCAAUUGUAUGCAGAAGCAGUAUGA